ACAGUUUCUAACUUCUGUUUGUAUAAAUUUUUAUAACAUUAGUUAAUAAAAUGUCUGUAAUUAAUAAUAGUCAAUCUUCGGAUCGUUUUGAAGGCUGUGGAAAAGAUGGACCGAUUAGAUGUAUUUUUCUUUGUGAAUUUCAUCAUGUUGCCGGUCCUAAAAUUACAUGUCAAGUUCCUGCAAAUUAUAUUUCGAAAGAAGUAUUUGAUGCGGUUAGUGUUUAUAUAAUUCCCAAAGCACAACUUCAACGAAGUAUUUUAACAGUAACGUUACUUGGAUUUAAAAUACUGGGGUUUCCUGUACAAAUAGAUAGUCGAAAAUAUGCACGAAAUGCAUUUUAUUUUAAUUUAUGUUUUGUUUGUGAUUCAUGGGCUAGAACUGUUCAUUAUGAACCGGUUGUGAAAAAACUUGCUGAUUAUUUGAUUGCAAUGGAAUUAGAAAAUGGUUUUUUAUCAAAUCAAGAAAAACCAGGUAAAUUAAUUGUAAUGUUGCGUCAAGUGAUGGACGAUAUUAAUUCACAAAAUAUGUGUACAUUAACUGAAGGAACAACAAUCACACAUUUAAAAGUUGUUAAAGUUGCUGAUGAUCCACCACCGGUCUUGGAUCAUCUUGUACCUAUAUUUUCUCCAAAUAAAGAUGAUUUUGUAAUCGAUCAAUGGGAUUUAACUACACAUCAAGUAUAUCCGUAUAUUGAUGGCUUCAAUCAUGUUGCAAAAAUCGCUGCUGAGGCUGAUGUUGAAAAUAAUUUAGUGAAAGCCUGUGUACAAAAUUUAUUAUAUUAUGGAGUUGUUGCACUAAUACCAAUAUUUCAAUAUUCAAAUGUUUAUACAGCGACGCCAAAAUUAAAGAAUUUGGCGAGCAAUGAAGAAUUACAACGACAAUGUAUUGCUUAUGUAUCCAAAUCGGCAAGAACACCAGCUACAUUACGGGAUAUUUUUCGAAUGUAUUCCAGUAUGACGUAUGGAACAACAGUUAAAGAUUUAUGUAUACGUUUUAAUCCAAAUUCAUUGCAUAUCAAUGAAAGAAAACUGGUACAAUUUGGUGUGCUGGAAGGGUUCAUUCGACGUGUAUACAAAUAUCCAAUUGUAUGUGGUGAUUCAUCAAGCAGUGAAAGUGAAGAUAAUUUAUCAACAUUAAGUCAAUUACAAGGUAAUUUUAUUGGAGUUAGUUCAACAGAUGAAAUAUGUUGUACAAAUGGCAUUAGUUCACAACAAUUAGAAGAUAUAUUAGAGCGUGAUCCAAAUAUAUAUGUCAUUUGGAAAUAGCAUGUUUUCUGCAACGAAACCAAUUUGGGUUUUUGAAUAAUUCUGCAUUUGUAUAUUUUAUUUGAAUUUGUUCAUAAAUUACAUUGCCCCAGUAAAAAAAGUGGCGUACUU